AUCCUUUGUACUAUAUUUCCAUGUGUAGGAAUACAUUCUUCCAAGUCAGGUGCGCAUGGUUGCUUGCGCUUUGGUUUGGUCUGAGACAAGAAGCGACUGAGCUGUGGUAUCGUCACUUAAUCUGUAGUAGCGAAUGAGGCACGUAUUCAUGUCACUUUGUAAUAUCGACACUAAUAACAUUCGCUUGGUAAAGAAUCUUCAUGCCGGCGUGUUUCCAGUCCAGUACUCCGAGGCCUACUUUCAGAAGGUGCAGAAUAAUGACCUGUGUGCUGCGCUAGUUGUGGAUGGCGAAUGUCUUGGUGUAGUCUGCUGCAAAUUCGAGAUUGUUGGCUGCUCCAAAUUCCUUUACAUAAUGUCGCUAGCAGUGCACCCGCUAUAUCGAUGUCGCGGGAUUGGAAGCAGACUUCUCGAUUUUGCUAUUAAUAAGGCAGAAAGUCAUAGUGUGUCAACAAUAAGACUGCAUGUGCAAAUCAACAACCAAAAUGCCAUUCAUUUCUACAAAAAUAGAGGCUUUACGAUACUCGAAACAACGAAGAAUUACUAUCAUCGAUGUUUUCCUACCGAUGCUUAUCUUAUGCAAAAACAACUCCAAAUCUGAUUUUAUAGCACUGCGUAUCGGAGCCUGUGUUCAUUAUUGCUGAUAGUUUUGCAAUUUGGUCAAAGAUGUGCUGAGAAUCUUGCUUCAACCAUAUCUUGUCGUGCAAUUGGCACGUCCUCUUCGCUAGUGAGAUUUGUGGAACUCAUACAUGGAAAUUAUUCGUGAUUUGAAACCGGGUGGCGAGAGACACAUUGUACAACGUACAUUACAGAGCACCCAACAAAGCACAAUCCAGAACCUGCCAAUUCGCCUGUAAUUUUCACAUUUUAUCAUACUAAUACAGGCUAUAACCUUUGCUACGAUACGGUGUGUUGUUUAUUCUAUUUUUGUUACGGUGAUCUACUACCCUGUGCUUGCCAUUAUUCUUAU